CCUCCUCCCUCCCCCUCCCUCCCUCCCAUCUCCACCGGCCACCCCAAUUGCAACUGCCGACUGAUCAGAAUCCUUCUCCACCACCGCUUCUGAUCAUUAAGCCAGCACAUCACAGCGAGCUCGGUUAUAUAUGGCAGUGCGCCCCGCCACUGCCUAGGCAGCCACACAGAGCACAGCAAGAGCGCGCGCGCGCACUGAGGGCGGCGCGCCGGAAUUAACCAGCCAGUUCAACCGUGCGCGCAACCUGGUUCACCGAGGGCUAGCAAGAUCGCCCUCCACGGAGGCAAGCUUCCUUGUUGCGUCGACUCGGAGCAAGGCGGGCGGGCGGGGGGGCGUGAUGGCGGCGGCGUCGUCGUCGACGGCGUCUGCGUACCGGUCGCGGUUCGGCGACACGACGCAGACCAAGGUGUUCGUGGGCGGGCUGGCGUGGGAGACGCCGUCGGAGGGGCUCCGGCAGCACUUCGAGCAGUACGGCGACAUCCUGGAGGCCGUGGUCAUCACGGACCGCCUCACCGGCCGCUCCAAGGGCUACGGAUUCGUGACGUUCCGGGAGGCGGAGGCGGCGCGCCGGGCGGUGGAGGACCCGAACCCGACGAUCACCGGGCGGCGCGCCAACUGCAACAUUGCCUCGUUGGGCCCGCCACGGCCCGCCCAGCCUCGAGGCAGGCCGUCGCCCGGGGGCUACUGGCAGCAGGGCCCGCAAUACUACAUCGCCAGCCCCAGGGCUCAUCCGCAGCAGCAGCAGCAGCAGCAGCAGCAGAUGGGCCUGAUGCUCAGCCCUGGCCAUGGCCCGGCGAUCUACCACCACCACCACCCUUCGCAGCAAUACGGAUACGGGUACUGGUGCCCACCUGACUAUCAAUACCAACAGGCCAUGAUGAGCCCUCAAGUGCUGCAGAACUACUAUGCUCAGCUGUAUGCCGGGCUGGCGUCGCCGACAGCGCCACCGCCCUACCAUCAGUACGUGGGGUACGUGCCGGCCCCGACGCCGAGGGCGGCCGUGCUCUCGCCGGUGGCGCAGCAGGUCGCGGCGGGGCAGCCGUAUGUGCCGCAUCCGGCGGCGGCGGCGCAGAUGCAGGGCUUCUCCAUGCAGGUGCCCUCUCUUCCGCACAACUUCGCGCUGCAGCUGCCCUCUCAUGCAGUCUCACUGCUGCCUCCCAACGCCACCGAUAUGCAGUCGGCUGGUGGCCAGGCCUCCUCUGCAGCGGCGCCAACGAACGCGAACAACGCUCAGCAGCAGGGCGCCUGAUGGCGCAUGCAUAUGCAGCUCAAGGCUGAGAAAAGGAGAUUCUGAUCGGUUCCAAACGCCUUCGAAACUGACUGCUUUCUGAUUAAAUCUUUCUAAUUAAAGUUAUUGUUCCCAUCUCGAUGGAUCUGGUGCGGACGAAGUUAUUAAUGGUCUGUAACAGUCUCUCAGGAUGCUUUGACUAGAAAAGACAAACCAUAAACAUUUCUUCCUUUCGUAGUUCGUGGAUUUCUUUUUAAGUUUUGACAAGUAUUCGCCGCAACAAGUUUCAUAACUUCUUCCAUUAUUAGAGGAAACAAGUCGAAAGUGUUCUUCUCACACCAAGCUCACAUGAGCGUGGAUGAACAGUGAUUUUUUUUUAAAAAGUGGAAGCAUUCAAAAUAAA